AUGCUCGAAUCGACCAAACAUAUGGAAAAUGAAAAACAACGAUUAGCAAUUCAAGAUAUAUUAUGGAGAAAUAAAAUAUUAUUUGAUCCUACACCAUCAAUUAUCAAUAUUCCUUCACAAUCCGCAAUUAAAACUGGUGAUCAUCCGCCUAUUUAUUCAAAACAAUAUUCCGCUUCAUAUAAAGAUCAAGAUAUGAAAUCUCAAGAAACACAAAAAUUAUUAGAACGUGGUCAAAUCGAAGAAUCAACUUCUCCAUGGUCAUCACCUAUUGUUCUUGUUAAGAAGAAAGAUAAAACUAUGCGAUUUUGUAUUGAUUAUCGACGUCUCAAUGCCAUUACAAUUAAAGAUGCAUUUCCACUUCCUCGAAUCGAUGAAAUAUUUGAUCAACUAUCUGAUGCAUUAUAUUAUACAAAAUUUGAUUUCAAAUCUGGUUAUUUCCAGGUACCUCUCUCUAAAGGGGACCGUCCGAAAACAGCGUUUUCCACUCGCGACAAUCAUUAUCAAUUUGCAGUGCUACCCCAAGGUAUUACUAAUGGACCCGCAACAUUUCAACGUAUAAUUAAUCAUAUAUUAGGACCUACAAGAUGGAAAUAUGCAUUAGCUUAUAUCGAUGAUGUAAUUAUAUACUCAAAAACAUUUCAAGAACAUUUAUUACAUCUUAAUGAAAUUUGUACAAUAUUAAAAAAUGCUCGAUUUCGUCUUAAUCCGGAAAAAUGUGAAAUUGCCCGAAUUCAAACAGAUUACCUUGGACACAAUGUUAAAAAUGGUGAAAUUCGUCCAAGUUCUUAUAAUAUUAAUGGUUUAUUAAAUACAAAAUUACCACAAACUGCUGAUGAAGCUUGCAAAUUUGUUAAAGCAGCUGAAUAUUAUAGAAAAUUCAUACCAAAAUUUUCUCAAAUUGCUGAACCACUUCGGAAAUUUGUUCCAACUACAAGAACCCAACAAAAGAAAGGACAAAAAGCUUUAAUUACAUUAACCAAUGAUGAAUUAAAAGCAUUCGACCAACUUAAACAAAUUCUUACGACAGAUAUGGUAUUACGACUUCCAAAUAACAGAUUCCCUUUUAAAGUACAAACUGAUGCAUCUGAUGACGGAAUUGGUGCAGUAUUAUUACAAAUCUAUCCAGAAGGAGAUAGACCAAUUGCAUAUCAUUCAAAGAAAUUUACUCAAGCUCAACGUAAAUGGUCUCCUAUGGAACAAGAAUGUUAUGCAUUUAUUUGUGCAUUAGAUAAAUGGAAUAAUUAUUUAAGUGGAAUUAAAUUUGUUUGGGAAACUGAUCACAAAGCAUUAACACAAUUAAAUCAAAAGGCUCAAAUUAAUAAACGAUGUGAACGAUGGAGAUUAAAAAUUUUAGAAUACGAUUACAAGGUUAAAUAUAUUCCUGGAUUAACAAAUUCCAUGCCUGAUUAUUUAUCAAGAUCUCCAGUUGAUGAUGCUGAAGAAGAUCCCGAUGAAGUUUCACUUUUUAUUUCAAAAUCAACACAAACCGAUUUUUUAGAUAUUAACAAUCAAUCACCUGUCGUUACCGCUGUUCAAACUCGUGCUAUGAAAUUACGAAAUUCAACUUCAAAUGAAAAAAAUGAUACAACAAUAUUAACAUCAGAUACUCCAGUCGAAGAGAAUCGAAUAAUUCCAUUUUCAAUCGAACAAGUAAUGUAA